AUGCCACGGUCCAUCGUCAGCGACCGCGGGAGCAACUGGCUAAGUAGGUUCUGGAAGAGGUUCUGCCGUCUUGCAGGUGUCACGCAGAAAUUGAGCACGGCCUAUCAUCCUCAGACGGACGGAGGGCCAGAGAGAAUGAACCAGGAGAUCGAGGCCUACCUGAGAGCCUACGUGUCUCGCCUGCAGGAGGUCAAUGAGUACAUGCAAGCAGUGAUGGCCUCCUCACAGCAACAACAAGAAGAGGCUGCCAACGCAAAGCGACAGCCUGCGGAGCGAUUUGAAGUUGGUGACAAGGUGUGGCUCUCGAUGGCAAACUACAGAUCGCCACGACCGUGCAAGAAGCUCGACUGGCUGCAUCACAAGUACACAGUCACGAAGCCACCACCGGUACAAGAUGAGUCCGGCACGGAUCUGUGGGAUGUCGACGAGAUCCUCUGCGCGAGAUGGAAGAAGCGCGGACGAGGGGAAUUCAGGCAAGCACUAGUGCGAUGGACGGGCUACGCAGAGCCGACUUGGGAGCCAGUUGAGUGGUUGCAAGGAACAAUUGCGAUGAAGGCAUUCGAGGACAAGUACGGGCCAAUCAAGACCAAUGAUGGCCCUAGGGAGAGGUACGAGACGCUGGCAGGAACGCAAGAACCCCGCAGACGCCGACCUGGUCGGAGGGGACAAGGGGGGUAA